AUGAUGCUCUCGCGUUUCUCUGGAUCCUUGACUCGCAGCUCUCGCAGCUUGCUCUACUCUUCCCAGCGAUUUGCGUCCACGAAAACUCUACGGGAAACCCUUCAGGACGUGAUUCCUGCAAAACAAGAGCAACUCAAGAAGCUUAAAACUGAGCAUGCUCAAGCCGUCGUCGGCGACAUCAAGGUUGAGAACAUCAUUGGUGGCAUGAGGGGCCUUAAAUCGAUGCUAUGGGAAGCAUCUGUCCUAGAUCCCAAUGAAGGCAUCCGCUUCCAUGGCCUUACAAUCCCCGACUGCCAGAAGGUGUUGCCCCCAGCACCUGGCGGAAAGGAAAUGACCGCUGAGAGCAUGCUUUGGCUUCUCAUGACCGGCCAAGUUCCUACAGCUGAGCAAAGUCGACAACUGUCGCAAGAGCUCGCCAGCAAGGGACAGCUUCCCGCCUUCAUCGAACAGCUCAUUGACUCGCUCCCCCAGACUCUGCACCCCAUGACCCAGCUUGGCAUUGGCGUGGCAGCAUUGAACCAUGAUAGCAGCUUUCAGUCCGCCUAUGAGAAAGGCAUGAAGAAAUCGGAGUACUGGACCCACACAUACGAGGAUUGCAUCAACCUCCUUGCUCGACUUCCUGCUCUUGCUGCUCGCAUUUACCGCAAUGUGUAUCACCCUGGCAAAGAGAUCCCAGCUAUUGACAAGGACUUGGAUCUCGUUGGCAACUACACCAAUCUCCUUGGCUUCGGAGGAAACAAGAACCUGACCGAAUACCUCCGCCUGUACAUUGCUCUCCACGGUGAUCACGAAGGAGGAAACGCGUCCGCACAUACAUCUCAUCUGGUUGGCUCGACGUUGGCGGAUCCUUACCUUGCGUACUCCGCGGCGCUAUAUGCACUAGCAGGUCCUCUUCACGGUCUUGCAAACCAGGAGGUCCUCCGAUGGCAACAAGCCAUGCAGAAGGAAUUAGGCGACAACGUCACCCACGACCAAAUCAAAGAAUACCUGUGGAAGACUCUCAAGAGCGGACAGGUUGUUCCUGGAUACGGCCACGGUGUUCUUCGUCAAGCAGACCCGCGUUUCAUUGCCCUUCAAGAAUUCUGCGAGUCUCGACCUGAAUUGAUGGCCAGCUCGACAAUUCAGCUUGUCAAGAAGACUUACGAAGUGGCUCCUGAUGUCCUCAAGGAACACGGCAAGACUAAGAACCCAUACCCCAACGUCGAUGCCACCUCUGGCUGCGUCCUUUAUCAUUAUGGUCUCACUGAGUACAAGUAUUACACUGUGAUCUUCGGUGUCUCGCGUGCAUUGGGAGCAAUUACUCAGUUGGUCUGGUCCAGAGCCCUUGGCCUGCCCCUGGAGCGUCCCAAAUCCCUCUCUAUGGAUGCUCUUGAGAAGUUGAUCAAAAGCUCAUGA